AUGGCCGUCCGCAAGCGCCCGGCCGCCGUCCUCUCCGGCCAGGCCCAGGCCGCCGAACGGCCCGAACCUGAAGCCAAGAAGACGAGGUUCGCGAAAAGAACCAGCCGCGGCACGAUCACCAAGCCCACCUACGGCAGCCUCGACGAGUACAAGCAGACGUCGAUCCUCGGCCAGGGCACCUACGGCGUCGUCUUCGAGGGCCGCCACAAGGCCACGGGCGAAACCGUGGCGAUCAAGUUCCUCCUCCCCCCGGACGACGACGACGACGACGACACCAAGGAGCCCGCGCCGCCCGUCGACCCGCGGGAGCUGCUGCAGGAGGCGCGCUUCCUCGAGGCGUGCGUCGGGAACCCUCACGUCGUCGGCUUCCGCUGCCUCGUGCGCGACCCCGCCAACGGCGAGCUCGGCCUCGUCAUGGAGCACGUCGGGCGCCAGAGCCUCCUGGACUUCUUGCACGAGAGGCGCUCACCGCUCCCGGAGGCCACCGUGCGCGCCUUCAUGCGGCAGCUCCUGACGGGCGCCAAGGGGAUGCACGACCGCGGCGUCAUCCACCGCGACAUCAAGCCAGGCAACAUCCUCAUCGCGCAACACGACGGCGGGGAACAAGACCAAGAUCAAGAAGCGGUCGUCCUGAAGAUCUGCGACUUCGGGCUGGCCCUGUCCGCGUCCCAGUGGCCGCCGCACAACCAGGUCGGCACGAUGCUGUACCGGGCGCCGGAGAUGCUCAUGGGGAAGCUCGACUACGACGCCGUCGCCGACACGUGGUCGCUCGGCUGCGUCAUGGCGGAGCUCGUCGCCGGGGAGAUACUGCUGAGGCGCGAAGUGGAGAGCUGCCCGCGGGGCCAGUACUUCGAGGACGUCGCCUACCUCCGGAGCAUCUUCCGCCUGCUGGGCAUGCCGGACGACGCCACGUGGCCGGGGUUCUCGUCCCUGCCGCUCGCCAACGUGAUGACGCAGCUGCAACUGGAGAAGCACGGCAGGCUGCGCGAGCUGUUCCCUCCGGAGAUGCUGUCCAAUGAAGGGUUUGAGGUCCUCAACGGCCUUCUCACGUGCAACCCUGACGAGAGGCUGACGGCGGAAGCCGCACUCGAGCUCCCCUGGUUCGCAUCGUCGUCGUCCGCUGCCGCCAAUGUGUAA